AUGGACUACCACCACGGCACGGCCACCACCACGGCCACCAACACUCCAAGGCCUGGUACCCCCGACAGCGAUCCCAUCGAGCCUACGCCACGCCCCAAUCCGUUUGCCUCUCCCUAUGGCUCCAUGCCAGCCUCGACGCGAGGCUCAUCCACCGGUGUCCAGUCGAUGCCUCCACCGAGAUACUUUCAUUCGCGCAGAAUCAACAAGGAGGAGGUCGAGAAGCCGUGGCUCGACAAGAAAGACCCGCGGGAGAAAUGGCUCACCAUCAUUCCCAUCGUCGGCAUGGUCCUCGGCAUUGGUCUCGCCUGUUUCUUGAUUUACGAGGGCAUGCAGACCGUGACGAACCACGUAUAUUGCCCGGUUCUGGACGAGAACUUCGCCGGUGGUAUCAAUCCCAAGGUGUGGACCAAGGAAGUUGAAGUGGGCGGCUUCGGGUAAGUUGACCUCAAAUUGUGUAGCUGAGCCACCAGCCACAGAACGCUAACGACGUCUUCUUGCAGCAACGGACAGUUCGAGCAGACGACCAACACCGACGAGAACGCAUUCAUCCAAGAUGGAAUGCUUUACAUCAAGCCGACUCUGCAGGACGAGAAGCUGGUCGAAUCGAACAAUGUCAUCAAUCUGCUCACGGACGGCUCCUGCUCUUCCAAGCUCUGGUCGGACUGCGUCGCUGUCACCAACACCACCAACGGCACGAUCGUCAAUCCUGUCAAGUCCGCACGCUUGAGUACCAUCAAGGGACCCGCGAUCAAGUAUGGGCGUGUCGAGGUCGUCGCUCAGCUUCCAGCCGGUGACUGGCUGUGGCCCGCCAUCUGGUUGCUUCCAGUGAACGACACCUACGGGCCAUGGCCAGAAUCAGGCGAGAUCGACAUCAUGGAAGCCCGCGGUAACAAUUACACCUACAAGAUGGGCGGAAACAACGUCGUCUCAUCCGCCUUGCACUGGGGUCCUGACUCUGACAACGACGCGUGGUGGAAGAACAACGUCAAGCGCACUGCCCUCCACACCACGUACAAUGCUGGUUUCCACACGUUCGGUAUGGAAUGGAGCGAGAAGUACAUCUUCACAUACAUCGACACUCGUCUUCUCCAAGUCCUCUACACCAACUUCGAUAAGCCGUUCUGGCAAAAGGGCAACUUCCCUGUCGCUGACACCAACGGCACUCGUCUCGUUGACCCUUGGAGCCAGACUGGUCGCGACAGCACUCCGUUUGACCAGAACUUCUACCUCAUCCUCAACGUCGCUGUCGGUGGCACUAACGGCUGGUUCGAGGACGGCGUUGCCAGCAAGCCCUGGGUCGACGCCUCGUCGACGGCGAAGAGGGACUUCUGGAACGCUCGCAAUCAGUGGUACCCAACUUGGGAGAAGAGCGGCGAGAUGGUCAUCAAGAGUGUCAAGAUGUGGCAGCAACAGGGCUACAACGGAUGCUAG